CAAUAACUUUUUUAUAGAGAAUGAGGAAGGGGGAGAGAGGGAAACAUCCAUGUGUUGUUCCACUGAAAGUGUGAGUGUUGAGUAGGACACAUGCAAGAAGUAGGAUACAUCCCGGGUCUUAUCUUGUUUAAUUUUCUCCCCACAGAAGGUUGUCGCAUUCCAAGGGCAGAAGUAUCUUGAGGAGAAUUUUGAUGUCCAGAUGCCUGACGAAGAAGUUGGUGACACAGACCACGUGUUGGAAUUGUCCAUGAAGUACCAAUCCCCCAUUAGUAAGACGGGGGUACAUCCUGGGAAGAGCCAGAAUGUCAACAGAGAGCCGGGGAUCCAGCCAGGAACCAGUGACGUGGUGUGGGCACAGGGGCAUAAAGUCUUCUUGCUGGAGGCGAUUCCCACGAAAAUUGAUCUGGAGGGUGUGAGGCCCAUGGAGAAUUUGGUGAAGUUGGAGAAGGAUGUGAUGGAAGACAGGGAAGAGGCAGCAGUACUCACAUCUCCAGAGCCUCCGCUUCCCAGCAGUCCUGGAGACUCGGUGAAGACAGAGGGGGAGCAGAACCCGCAGGAAGGAAUUGGCCUGGAGCCUGUGGAUGCCGGUGAUGUACCUCCCACCCAUGCUCCGGAGACACAGGCUUUGAAUCAGCGUCCAAAGAGAAGAGGUUCUGGGAAUACAGGAGGUGCCACCAAGAGAAAAAGGGACAACACUUCCACGCCCCAAGAGGAGCCUCAAGAAGGAGCUGUGUCGUUGGACAGAGGAGAAGUCACCAGACUGCACGGGUGCAAUUCAGUGGGUGCGUCAAGCACCGUGGAGCCCACUGGUCACGCUGUUGGCAAAGAACCCAGGAGAAAGGUACCCUACGAGUGUCAAGACUGCAGCAAAAGGUUCAGCUACAAAUCUCAGUUAGACAUUCACCGGAGGACACACACAGGAGAGAGACCCUUCCAGUGCCUUGUGUGUUCCAAGGGCUUCAUUCAGUCCUCGGACCUCCGCGUCCACCAGAUGAUCCACACGGGCGAGAAGCCGUUCUGCUGUACAGUCUGCCAGAAGAGGUUCACCCACAACUGCACGCUGCGUAGCCACCUGCGGGUCCACACCCAGGACAAUCCAUACGAGUGCGCCGUCUGCCACAAAAGUUUCCUCCACCGCGGGAAUCUCCACGUCCACAUGCGCACCCACACGGGCCUGAGACCCUACCUGUGUCCCCAUUGCCACCUGGCCUUCCGCUACCUGUCGACGUUUAAACGUCACCAAAGGACACAUGUCAAGGAGGUGCCCCAGAUGAUCCACACGGGCGAGAAGCCGUUCUGCUGUACAGUCUGCCAGAAGAGGUUCACCCACAACUGCACGCUGCGUAGCCACCUGCGGGUCCACACCCAGGACAAUCCAUACGAGUGCGCCGUCUGCCACAAAAGUUUCCUCCACCGCGGGAAUCUCCACGUCCACAUGCGCACCCACACGGGCCUGAGACCCUACCUGUGUCCCCAUUGCCACCUGGCCUUCCGCUACCUGUCGACGUUUAAACGUCACCAAAGGACACAUGUCAAGGAGGUGCCCCAGGUCCCUUCUGACCAAGAAGGACAUUAA